UUUCUAGAUAGAACUUUAUAAUCUCUACAGUGAAACAUUAACCAAGAGCUGAGACCGUAAGCAGUGAUCAGAUUCCAUCAGUGAGGACUUAUCGAAUCAAGUUUUUUUUUUUAAUGAGAAAUUCCGCAUAGUGUAUCAGAGGUGUAUGUCAGUCACUGCGUUAAGCGAGUGCUCGCCGUAUUGUAAAAGGAACUUGUUCAAAGAGGACUGAGCAGCACGAUAACGCAAAAGACUUGUUUCUCACAUUAUGCCGGUCACCUGGACCUUCCUGUUGGGCCAGAGACGUCUUACAUGCACUCUUGCAGAAAAGUGUCCUUUAUGAUCUACAAACUGCCUGUCUAUCGUCUAUAAGUGCCUACAAGUGACGUACCUGACACAGGCAUGAUACAGAAACUCUGCCACCCACCGUGUCAGAGCAAAGAUUUUCAGAAAAUUCUCCGCAUAGACUGAGGUGUUCCUGUCUAAGAAGGUAAUCCGUUUUUUAAGACGUGUUCCCCAUAGUUGAUUGGGAUUUCCCGCCCCCAGAAAGUGCGACAUGAAGGUUUUUCAUACUUUUUGUGGUACGUUCUAAGAAGACCGGUAGGAACGCCUUCUGCACAGCCCAACACAACCGGGUUAAAAGCGGACACGGUUCCACGCACUGUGUAAAAGCCUCUGUGGAAACUAUUGUACGUACUGGACAAAGUGAAUGUGUCUUGUAUGACUCCCAACAGAGGCAAAUGUGGAGAGUUCACAGUGGCUUUUGCUUUUGAGUUCUUAGCGGCCAACGUUACGGCAGUAAAUUCAGGUCGUAACAACUAACACCCAGCUUGCUCUUGACUUCUGCAACAAACUUAGGGAAUACCUUGUAACAACCAUGGCGACACUGCGGGUCCUCUGCACAUUUCUCCUUGCAGUCACAGACGUGGCCCUUGUGGAGAGCAAAGUUCGCGUGGACCCCCGGAGGAACGACGUGGAGGAGGUGGUCCCGGUGCCCCCAGUGGACCCCUCGCCCUCCCGCGGACCCCACUUCGCCGACGACUCCCCCAAGCAAAUCAUGGCCGCAGUGGGGUCGCCGGCGCUGAUCCCCUGCAAGGCGCGCAACCUGGGAUCCAAAUCGGUGUCAUGGAUUCGGCACAAGGACCUCCACGUACUGACCGUUGGCUCCUUCACCUUCACCAACGACGAGCGGUUCUCGGCGCACAGGGACCCGACCAGCGGCGACUGGGUGCUCGUCCUCCGCCACCCGCUGCCCCUCGACUCUGGUUUCUACGAGUGUUCCAUCUCCACGAAGCCCGUCACCGCCAUCACCGUCAAACUCAAUGUCGUCGUGCCGUCAGCAGAAUUGGUAGGGGAAGGCGAUGUGUACCUGGACCAAGGCAGCACACUCAAUCUCACUUGCGUUGUUCACUUCAGCCCAACACCACCUGAGUUCAUCCUCUGGUACCAUCGCGAUAAGCUGGUGAACUACGGAAACAAGCGACGAGCCAUAAGCGUGGAGACGGUCCACCACGGGGAAACCACGCGCUCCUCCCUCCUCGUGCACAACGCCACACGACGGGACUCUGGAAAAUACUCUUGCAAGCCUUCGAACGCCGAUAAAGUGUCCAUCCUCGUGCACGUCCUCAGGAGCGAAAAACCCGCCGCCAUGCAGACCACCACCAGCGGAUCAGCAGCAGCAAGAGACACCUCCGUCCUGGGCAUCUACCUCCUCGUCACCAUCUUCUCCGCCCUCCUCUCCUCCUGCUCGACCACUUCCACAUUCCGGUUUAGCAGAUAAGAAACUCGGUUUGAGGCCAGGAAAAAGAGAAGGAAAAAAAAAAAAGUUAACGGGGAGGAAAAGGAGGUUCCUCUGGGGCGAGGUUGAGCCCGUGGGGUGCGGAGACCAAGGAAACAUCAUCUGUCUCGUUGUUUGUGUUGAUGUCAUGACAGUUUAUUUACCAUGAGCUGAUGGAUGUUUUCUGUGUAGUCGCGUGUUGACGACCCUUGUAUCUCCUGACUGUAUUGUAGGGUUAUUAACCCCCGAAAAAUAAAACAUAUAUUGUGUAUCCGAUGAGUGUUUAGUAUUAUAUAAGAAAUAUCCCGCGGUAAGUGCCCAAUGGAUAUAUUCUUUUCUCUUUUUGUUCUUAUUAAUCUUAAGUUCUGUUAAGAAUAUUAACAGACUAAUUGUAAUACAGUAGUUGUUGUAACUGUGAUAUUUUAACGUCAAUAUUGUAUAGAAUGAAAUGUGUAAGAUGUGUAUCAAAAACUAAAAUAUGAUGUCUUCCGGGAAGUCUGUACUUGUAAUAUCAUAAAUAUUUACGCAUC